AUGAGUGAACGGGAUUUAGUACAUCAUUAUAGAGUAUUAAAACAAUUUCUUGACAUAUCAGAUGAUCAACAAACAAGAACAAAAUCAACAUCAACAAGAGCUCAAAGAGCAAAAGAAAAAUUAUUAAAAUUAUCUUCUGCACAAUUUAAAGAAUUAAGUACUGAUGUUUAUGAUGAAUUAAAAAGAAGAAUUGAUGAAAGUAGAGGUGAACCAGAUUAUCUUUUACCAAAACAAUCAUUUCAUCCAAAAAGAAAUCAAGCAAGACAAAAAUUAGCUUCAUUACCACAAACAAGAUUUAAAGAUUUAGUAGCUGAUAUAUCUUUUGAAAUUGAAAGAAGAGGUCUACAUAUUGUUAAUAAUCAGGAACAGAUACAGCAGCAGCAGCAACAACAACAACAGCAGUAUCAACGUAGUUCAUCUCAUAGUCAACAUCCAUCAAUUUCAUCUAACAAUAAUCAUCAACAAAGUAAUAAUAAUACAGGAUCAUUUCAUGAAAGAAAGGGUUCAAUACCUUCAGUUCAUCUGACAAAUAAUAACAAUAACAACAAUAACGGAUUUCAUCAUAGUCGUCAAGCAUCACGUCAAUUAAGUAGUCAUUUACCUUUGAUGGAAGAACAACCACAACAAAGAGAAGAAGAAGAAGAAGAGUUACAGAAACAAGGAGAUAAUGCUACUUCAAGUAAAAAUGUGGGUCCAGAUACAACCAACCAAUCUAUCGGUAUUCAACCAACAACUGUUGUACCAACAAAAGCAAACUUAACUUGGUCUAGUGACGAGGAAGAAGAUGAUGAGGAAGAUCAAGUUAGAAAGAAUUUAUCGAAUGGUAAUAAUCAUCAUAACAAUAAUAAUAUUACAAUCAAAGAAAUUGAUGAAAAAAACGCAAAAAUUCAAGAGUUAGAAUCUCAAUUGAAUGAAUAUAAAACUCAAUUCGAAACAUUACAACAUGAAAAAAAUUCAUUAACUGAAAAACUUUCAUCAUUACAAGAUGAUUAUAAUUUUUCUGUUAAACAAAAUAAAUCAUUAAGUGAAGAAUUAGAAGCAUUAGGUCAAGAAAAAGAAAAUUGGAUUACAAAACACGAUGCAAUAAGUAAAUCUAUUAAUAAUAAUAAUAAAGUUCUUGAAGAAUUUGAAAAAGUUAAAUCAAUCAAUGCUGCAUUAAGACUUGAAAAUCAAGCUUUAAAAAAUUCAUCACCAGUUAAUCGUUCAUCACAAAUUUUGAAUAAAUCAGUAACUUCACUAAAUUCUUCAUCCACUAAAGUUCCUGAUAAUAAUAUUAAUGAUUUCCUUGAUAAGUUAGAAAAUAUGAAAUCAUCUUCUUCUUCAAAUAACUCCACAACAACUUUAGAAUUAAAAAAUCAAGUUAAACUUUGGCAAAGAAGAUAUGAAGAUUCAAGAUCAAAAGCAAUUGCUCAUGAUAUUAAAAAGACAGCAUUAUCUAAAAUAGAAUUAAAACCAUUAAUUUCACCAAAUGGAUUAAUUUCAAUUAAAUUAGUUAGUGAUGCACAAGCAUUAUUAGAAUCUUUCAUAUUAUACUUAAAUGGAGAUAAUGUUGAUGUUAAUUUAAUGUUUGAUAAAAUUUCUAAAAUUGCUAUAGUAAUGAAUGAGAUUGCAAAUCAAAGUGAUAAUCAUGUAGCAAAUAGUAAUGAACAAGGUAUUUUAUUACGUGAAGCUGCAGCAUAUUCAUUAACAGCAACAAGAUAUCAUGCAACUUAUAAAACUUUAUUUCCCAAAUUUAUUGUUGAAAAAUCUUUAGGAGAAAUGAGUUGUAUAUUAUGUGAAUUAAUUUCAAUUUCAAAAUUAAAUGAAAAUUCAAUAAAUUUAAGGAAAUUAGAUGUUGAAAAAAAACCUUCAAAAAAUAUUAUUCAUGAAAAUUUUGGUGGUGUUAGACCUUUAAAAAUGGCAAAUAAAUUAAAAAGUAAUAAUAAUAGCUUGGUGGAAAGUAAUAAUACUUCACCUAAUAGAGGUGUAAUUAAUUCUUCACUUCAAAAUAAGUCCGUUUUAAAUGCUAGUGCUGCAUCACCGGAACAAAAGUUAAGCAAACAAGAUGAAAAAAGUUCAUUUUUAGAUAAUUCAAGAGAUAAACAAAGGACACCCAACGCAUUUGAUUCUUUGAGUAAUAAUAAAGAUUUUAAACAAGGAAAUGGUAAUGAACAUAGCUCAGCUGAUGAUAGUAUGUCUAGAGUUAAAGUCGAAAGAAGUCCAAGACUAAAUGAAAAUGAUUCCUUUGCAAGUAUUGGUCGUAGUCUAGAAGAAUCUCCAGAACAAAAUUCAACUUCCAAAAAUCAACCAUCAUCAUCUGCCAGAAAGCUUAAUAUAUUAGAAAGAGUUAAACAAUUUGAAUCUCCUCCUGAACAAGAUAGAUCAAUAAAAUCAAAUAAUUCUGAUGAACCAAGACAACUUGCUGAUCCAUUUACAUUAAAUCGAUCUUCAUCUAAAAAUGAAAAUAAAGAAGUUGGAUCAAAAUCUGAAGAAAAAGAACCUACUUCUUCAGGUAGUGGAGAAUCUUCCGGUGGUUCGAUAUUUGCAGGUAGAGGAAAAGGGAUAUUUCAAUCAUUGAAAGAAAGAUUCGCAGCUGAAUCAACUUUAGCUAAUUCCAAUGACAAAAAAGAUGAAGUAGAAGAAAAAUCAAAAGAUGAAAUUAAAGAACAACCUAAAGAACAAAUCAAAGAAAGUCCUAAAACUGAACAUCAACCUAAACACUCGAAAGAAAAAUCAUUAUCAUCAAUUACUGAUCAAAAUACUCAAUUAAAUAGAAAUAUCUCAUCUACAUCAAAACAACAAAUAAAUCCAACAAACGUCAAACAUGACGAAGAAUCAAAUACUAGAUCCACCAAACCAAGAGUAAUGAUCACAGAACCUCAAACAACUUCUAACACAAGACAUCAACCAAGACUAGCAGAACCUGCUUCAGAUGAAGACGAAGAAGAAGAAGAAGAAACUGUAGAAGAAAUGCAAGCAAGACAAAGACAAGAAUUACGUAAAUCAAUGGCAGCAGCAAAUUUUAACGUUGAAUUAUUUGAUAUUGAUGAUCCAGAUAAUACAUUAACUCAAGUUUUAUUAUAUUUAGAACAUCAAACUGUAGAAGUUAUAAAUACUAUUCAAUCAUUAUUAGCAGCUAUAAAAAAACCAAAAGCAACAAGAGGUGAAUUAAGAUUAAAAUCAAAAGCUAUUACUAUAGUUAUUCAACAAAUGACUGAAGCAACAAAUACUUCAAUGAAUCAAACAAGAAAUGCUCAAUUAAAAGAACAUGGAAAUUGGGUUGUUGAAAGUUUAGAAGAUUGUUAUCAUAGAAUGAAUAUAUUAUGUAAACCUGCUUCUUCAAAUGGUGGUGGUGGUGAAAAACCAGAUUUAGAAUUUGCUGAUAAAAAUUUUAAACAAAGAUUAGCUGGUAUAAGUUUUGAUAUUGCUAAAUGCACAAAAGAAUUAGUUAAAACUGUUGAAGAAGCAAGUUUGAAAGAAGAUAUUGCUUAUAUUGAUGCUAGAUUAAAUCAUGAUUCUCGUAAUCGUUUGGUAGAUGAAGAUGAUUUGACAUGA